AUGGCGGCCAAUGUGAGUAAUGCAGAGACAUUCCCAUGCUCGGAAUGCGACCAAAUGUUCGACUUGUCAUCUAAGACAUUACCAUGUCUUCAUUCCUUCUGCCGGUCGUGUAUUGAGAUGAUUCUGGAAGAAAAUGGCCCGUGUCCCCAGUGCCAAGAACCUGUGACCGGUGACGAUUUGAGACUGUCACCAUUUCUGGAGAAGUCUUUGAGGCGCCGGCAGCUGCAAUCCACAGAAUGGAGGUGCGUCAGGUGCUUUGAAGAGAAUGGGAGAGAAUCGACCGUCCAGAUUUGGUGCCAGGAAUGCGAGAAACUCUUGUGCCAGACCUGCGAGAGAUUCCACUCCGGACACGAGACCAAAGACUUGAUGGGCAUGUCGAGGGGGGAGGCCGUCAAGGUCAUCACGACGGACGGCUGUGGACGGCACCGCCAAUCCAAGGACGCCUUCUGCCAGCGGUGCAACACGUACCUGUGCAAACUAUGUUACCAGGAUCACGUGAUCGCCUCCCCUCAGUGUCCGCCUCGCCCGCUCUCGGUGAGAAAAGAAGCGUCGAAUGAGAAGAUACGCAGCCCCACCCUGGAGCGGCAACUCCGCCAGUUCGAAAUCAACAUCCGGGAGACGUACGCGCUGACGUCGCGAUCCAUUGACCAACUGUCAACGGAUUGCGAAUCGGAAUGCUCCAAACUCUUUCUGGAUUUCAAGGCCUUCGUGGAAGAAGCACGGCUCAAGUUGGCAGCGUUAUGCGAUAAUAUGAAUGUGAUGACGUCUGAACUGCAGACAAAAUGGCGCCACUCCCUCAAGGAGAAAAAAAACCUUUUAAAGAAGGUCAAAGUCUGGCACCACACAUUGGAACAUUUGUCGAGGGACGACGCUGACGAUGAGGACGUCGUCACUGGUCUAAAGUUGGUGAGAGCGGAGCUUUCUGCGCGGCUCCAUCAAUCGUUUGCUCCUCAAGAGAAAGGACGUUGGCUGGUGACAUUUCUGAAAUGGUGCCACGAUUCCCUAGAGUCACUGAAGAAAGAAAUAAUCGUGUGGGAGACAGAGAUAUCCCGGCAUUUGCAGCUGGAAAGUGAAUGCCGUCUGCAAGGAUCGAACCUGCUGAAUAUUUAUUCGAUUGUCGCCGUCGACGAAGACAAUCGCGUCUUUGUUGGCGAUUUUGAAAGCAGAUCGAUCCUAGAAUUCAGUGACUCUGGUGAAUUGGUCGGCCAAUGUCCCUUAAAGGAAGGAGGAAAGGAAUUCUGCCCCUGGGACAUGUGUCGCCUUUCGGAAGACAUUUUGGUUGUCUGUGGCCUGGAGCAAAUAAUUGCAGGUUUCUUUUUUUUUCUGUUCUUUUUUCUUUCUUUUCUUUUUAAUUUCCGACUUUCUCUUUUUUCUCUCUUACUAUUUUUCUUCUUUUCUUUGUUUUUCUUUCACGCAUCAAAACACUAUCUGUGCUUUUUUUCUUUUUCUUCGUGGAUAGGUAAUGUCAUAUUCCACCCCCCCUCUCUCUCUCUCUUUCAUACGACAUUUCCUUCUCUCUCUUCUUCCCCAUUUCUUCCCCUUCAGUACAUCCCCUCCCUUAUGAAAUAUAUCUCUCAGUCUGUCUUUCUAUCGAGCAGUUUAUCUAUCAUCUAUCUAUCUUUCUAUCUAUCAGUCAUUCUAUCUUGCUAUUUAAAAGAAAAGGGGAAUUACUUUCACAUUACUUCUAUCUAUCAGUCUAUCUAUCUUUCAAUCUAUCAGUCUAUCUAUCUUAUCGAUCACAAUAGCUUGAUAUUUAAAAGAAUAGGAGAGACUUUCUACCUUCUCACUCUUUCAUACAACCUUACCUUCUCUCUCAUAUUAUAA